AAAAAAUUUCCGUGGGGGAGGAGGAGGACUUGGUUCUGUGAAAUCCUUUGGACCAAACGCGUAAAUAUCUCUCUGUAAUUUUUCGUCAUCGUCUCUCCUUCAAAUCUAUCUUCGUCGCUUGAUCUCUCCUCUGCUUCGAUAACAGAAAAGAAAUUAUAUAAUUUGGGGGGGAACUGGGAGCGAUGGGACAAACUUUUCGUAAGCUAUUCGAUACUUUCUUCGGCAAUCAAGAGAUGCGGGUGGUAAUGCUGGGGCUGGAUGCAGCUGGCAAAACAACUAUUCUCUACAAACUUCACAUUGGUGAAGUUCUCUCCACUGUUCCCACCAUUGGAUUCAACGUUGAGAAAGUUGAGUACAAGAAUGUGAUGUUCACCGUUUGGGAUGUUGGUGGCCAAGAGAAACUCAGACCUCUUUGGAGGCAUUACUUCAAUAACACUGAUGGACUCAUAUACGUGGUAGACUCUUUGGACCGAGAGAGGCUUGGGAAAGCAAAGCAAGAAUUUCAGGAGAUCAUAAAAGACCCAUUCAUGCUCAACAGUAUCAUUCUUGUGUUUGCAAACAAACAAGACAUGAGAGGAGCCAUGUCACCGAGAGAAGUAUGUGAAGGGUUAGGCUUAUUUGACCUCAAGAACAGGAAGUGGCACAUACAAGGAACUUGUGCUCUUCGCGGGGACGGGCUUUAUGAAGGCUUGGACUGGUUAUCAUCUACGCUUAAGGAUGUCAAAGCCGCUGGAUUCACUUCCGUUGGACCUUCCUUUUAACUCUUUUUCACUUGGUUGUAAAGCAGUCAUCACAAAAAAAAAGUCAGAAUCUCUAAAUACUUUUGUUAGGGAAAGAAUCAUACUCCUCUCAUGGUGCCAACUGCCAACAUUACAAUAGACUAAAUUUGACUACUUGCUUUCUUUUUUUUUGGAUCAUGCUGCCAUGAGAGCUUUGUAUAUUCCGUUUGAUGAAAUUUGUAUCAUCUCUGAACGUUCCCUUUUGGGGUCAUCUUUGGUGGAAGAUAUUCUUUUGAAGUCAUUUUUUUUUUUUUGGAACGC